AUGACGCCUAGCUUGCUUGAGAGAGACAAACUAUACUACAAGCUCGACAUUACCGAUAACCUGCCCCCCGGCACAGAUAGCAUUGAACAAUUCGAGCUUAGCCCACGACAACCCCGACCAUCUCCUAGACCCAAGAGGCCCGUCCCGGAAUGGCCUCCGGAAGCAGAAAGAAAGGGGAAAUGGAUCCGGAGGUACCUGGACAAGCUUGACCCUGACACGGAAUAUGACCAAAUCAUCAAGACAGCAAUCUUCUUCAUGGCCAACUCCUUCGCCUUCUCCGCCGGCUAUGCAUCCACCUUCAUCCAUCUCGUCCAGACCCCCGCCGGCGCCGCUGCGGUCCACCACACGGCCAAGGCUUAUCGCCGCGGCCACCAGCGCUUCUUCGAGACGCAGGACUACUUCCUCGACUGGAUGUGGUACGGCAGCGGCUCCGACAUCUCCCGCAGGCGCCUCGAGAGCGUCAACAAGAUCCACGCGAGCGUCUGGAAGAACGUGCCGGGAGCGUACAGCCACCCCUGGGAGGGCGAGAUGGCGAUCAUCGGCGCGGCGUACUUUGAGACAAACCUGCGCAAGCUGGUCGGGGCGCGCCGGACGGAGCCGCAUCCGAACGUGCAGCGGGCGUGGCCGGAGUGGGGCGAGCGGUGGUUUGGCCGACAGGUGGUCUUGACCGUUAUACCAGCACCUAUUCGCGAGCACAACAAAAUCGGCCAUCCGAAUCCUGUCACGGAGACACUUAUUAAGUUUGCCAUCAAGGUCUACCUAGACAUGAAGGAUAUGCUGCCAGACCCUGUUAGGCCGGAUUUCUCUGAUGAGUACCAUGCGGCCAAGGGGGUGAACUGGAAGAAGACGGAUGUUCAAACUGAGGCUGAAUGGACGCGUCGAGAUCGGAUCACCGAUGCCAUCUUGCUGACGAUUGUCCUCAUUGGUGGGAUGUGGGCUUUGUGGCAGCUCCGUAUCUUCAACAUCUAG